GAAAAUAUACGAGAUUUUGUAAUAUGUACCUAAAGUAAAUAAAAACAGAACUGUGUAUUUUGGGGUUAAUUAAUAAUAUUAAUAAUCUUCGUUUCCUUUACUAUGUCAUUCAAACGAGAAGGCGACAAUAAAGAGCAGUUACAAUUGUUACGCAAAAGACGCAUUCAAGAUUUAAUUGGUGAAAGUGUACCCGAAGAUGAAGCCAAGUUAUUAAGUAAUGGAAGAUUUACAUGUACAGUUUGUCAUCAUAACCCUAUAUUUGACACUUUAAACACAUUGUUGGUACAUAGAUCUGGAAAGAAACAUGAAAAAGGAGCUGCAAUAUUUAUAGAAAAACAGAGACAGUUAAAGGAUCUUAUAGAGGUUAGAAAAGCUGAACAUUUUGAAAAGUAUGGAACCACAAAUAUAAAGAUAGCUAAGGAACAUCUAAAUCAUAAACAUUUGAUGACAUCAGCACCAUAUGAUGCUAGAAGUAAAAAAUCAAAGCCGUAUGAUAGAAAACUUAAAGUUCAUGUUUUACCCAAAUCAUCUUCAAAAUCAACAACCUAUCUUACUAAAACACCCCAAAUUCCAGGGGUUGAGGCAAGAUGGUCUGGACUUCAGUGUUCUGAACCCAUAAUGCAUGAUAAACAACUGAAAAAUGUUUUCUGUAGGAAAGGGAAGACAAUUGAAGAGUUCAAACCAUAUAAAUCUAACAGACAUAAAAACCAGAAUCAGACACUUAGUUGUUCAGAUAAUAUUAAUAGUGCCAAGGAUAGUGUAUUAAUAGAUGUUUAUGAAAAAGAUAAUGCAAAAUUAAAGUUAACGGAUGAUAUUAUAAAUAGCCUCACAACACAACUGCCUCCUCCACCACCAGCAGACACAGUUAUACCUAAUGAACCCAAAAUACAAACAGAAGAGCAAAAACAAUAUUAUGAAAAAAUUAAACAGCUUCGAGGAGCUGGUUGGAAGAGAGAUUGGGAUGGAACAUGGAUAAAAGAUGAAGAUGCUGAAUUUGAUUCUGAUGAAGAAGCACCAGAUAUAUGAUUCAAUAUGAGGACUAUUUUUAUAGUGAAUUCAAGACAAAUGAAAUAAUUAUUUUAGACAACUGUUGUGUAUUUUGUCCCCCACCUUUUGAGGAUUAAAAUGUUGUGUUUUU